AUGAAGAUGCGUACGGCGGCAGCUCUGCUUGCUGCGACUGGCUUUGCUUACGGACAAAAUGCUUCGAUGAUUUCUGGUCCGCCGUGGAUGCAUUCGAAGUUCACCAGCAGUCCGCCGGUUUAUCCUUCGCCCAACGCAAUAGGCCUAGGCUGGGACGCAGCCUUCCAGCAGGCAUCUGACUUCGUGGACCAACUGACGCUUCAGGAGAAGACAAUGCUGGUGACCGGCGAGACUGGACCAUGCACAGGCAACAUCCCUGCCAUCCCGCGCCUAGGCUUCGAAGGGCUCUGCCUCAUGGACGGCCCUCUCGCCAUCAGACAAGCGGACUUCGCUUCUGCGUUCCCGGCAGGAAUCACAGUUGCAGCCGCCUGGGAUAGGGAUCUUGCCCGGCAGCGAGGGCAAGAACUAGGUGCAGAGUUCAAGGCGAAGGGUGCGCAUGUCAUUCUUGGGCCUGUGGCGGGACCGCUGGGACGGAGCGGAGAACGGUCUACAGGCUUGUGCGAAGCGUACGGUCAUCCGUCAAACAUCACCAUCGCUUCUAGUGCUGACGAGUUGCAAGAUUAUAUCGGCAACGAACAAGAGACCCAGCGCAACCCCAGUGAGAACGAAGACGGCAAGACGAUCGAAGCGGUCUCUUCCAACAUCGACGAUCGGACCAUGCACGAAGUCUACCUCUGGCCUUUCCAAAACGCCGUCAAAGCUGGGGUGGCCUCCAUGAUGUGCUCGUACAACCGCAUCAAUGGUUCGUAUGGGUGCCAGAACAGCAAGACGCAGAAUGGUCUCCUAAAGGAUGAGCUUGGAUUCCAGGGAUACAUCAUGUCUGAUUGGGGCGCCACGCAUUCGGGCUAUCCGGCGAUCCUUGCAGGCGAGGACAUGGACAUGCCAGGCACGAUCGGCUUCACGCCAGGAGGCCCUUCGUUCUUCGGUGGCAACAUCACCAAGAGCGUCAACAACGGCAGUCUGCCUCUCGAACGAGCGAACGACAUGUGUCGAAGGAUCAUGACACCCUACUUCCAGUUCCAGCAGACUUCGUAUCCCAUGAUUGACGCAAGCGAACCCGCGCUCGCCGGAAAUAGCGUAUCCGACUACAACUACACCUUCAACCUUGGAAACCAAUCCGACAUCGACGUCCGCGACGACCACUCCCAUCUCAUCCGCGAGCUCGGGGCAGCGGGCACAGUCCUGCUCAAGAAUACCAAUAACACCUUGCCACUGAAGACGCCGAAAAACGUCGGCGUCUUUGGCAAUGAUGCUGCAGAUAUUACCAUCGGUCUAUACUUUGGCAGUGAUCCCGAUCUCCAGAACAUCGGAUACGAUAUUGGGGUUCUCCCAAUCGGUGGCGGGUCAGGAACUGCUCGCAUGACCUACGUUGUGAACCCACUGGAUGCGAUCAAGCAGAAAGUGGCGUCUUACGACGAGAAGGCGUUGGUGCAAUACGUGCUCAACAACACCCUUGUCAUUGACAGUGGUGGCUUCGACAUACUCUUUCCUCGUCCACCAGAAGUCUGCCUCGUCUUCCUCAAGACCUGGGCCACGGAAGGCUACGAUCGGCCCUCGCUUCUCGUGGACUGGAACGGCACCGCCCUCGUCGAAAGCGUAGCAUCCCAGUGUCCAAACACUGUCGUCAUCACGCACAGCGGUGGCUUGAAUGUCCUGCCUUUCGCUGAUCAUCCGAACGUCACUGCCAUCCUUGCUGCGCACUACCCGGGCGAGCAGGUCGGCAACUCUAUUGUUGAUAUCCUGUGGGGUGAUAUGAAUCCGAGUGGUCAUCUGCCGUAUACCAUUGCCAAACAUGAGGAUGAUUACUCAUUCGCCGACAUUACGAACUCUACGGCUUUGCUCAAUACCCAGGACCCUAAUGCUUGGCAGUCUGACUUCAAGGAGAGAUUGCUUGUUGACUAUCGUAAGCUUAAGUACUCGCUCCCGCUGACCAUAAGGGCAGGAUAUUUCGACUACGUCAACCAAUCCGUCCAAUACGAAUUCGGCUACGGCCUCUCCUACACCACCUUCUCCAUGGGCUCUGUCUCUGUCCAACCAUACGCAAGCGCCUUAGACCUCUCCGCCACACCACCGGCCCAGCAGAUCGUUCCCGGCGGCAACCCAGCACUCUGGGAGAAACUCUACUGCGUCACCGCCACCGUGUCGAACACCGGCUCCGUGGCCGGCGCAGCGGUACCGCAGGUCUAUCUCGGCUUGCCGCAGCCGGCGAACCAAGAUACGACGCCCCGGCAGGUGCUGCGAGGGUUCGAGAAGAUGAUGUUGCAGCCGGGCGAAAGUCGGGAGGUGAGGUUCGAUCUCACGAGGAGGGACGUGAGUUACUGGGAUGUUGUGACGCAGCAGUGGACGAUUGGGCAGGGGAGUAUUAGUGUCAUGGCCGGGUUCUCGAGCCGGGAUGUUCAGGGGACUGCUUCGUUCAGUCCGUUGGGUUAA